AUGACAUAUGUCAAUGUGAUGGACCAAGGAGCUCGUGGCGAUGGCACAACUGAUGAUUCAAAUGCAAUUUUAAGUGCAUGGCAGAGUGUGUGUGGAAUGUCAGGGCCAACAACUUUACUCAUACCUUCAGGAAAAGUAUUUUUUGUGAAAAGAUUAGGGUUCAAUGGUCCUUGCAAGGCACAAAGUGUUGGCAUUCAGUUAGCAGGGAAAAUAGUUGCUCCAACUAUAGAUGCAUGGGUUGGUGAUAAGGGAAGUUGGAUUGUGAUCUCAAAUGUAAAUGGAUUAACAAUUGAUGGGCAAGGAGGAAUUAUCGAUGGCAAUGGUUCUUCUUGGUGGGAGAACUGCAAAACUUGUCAACGACCAACAUCAUUGCGUUUCCAAAAUUGUAAUGGUCUUGUUGUGAAUUCUCUAAGCAUGACAAAUAGUGCUCAAGCUCACAUAUCCGUAAGUAGUUGUGUUGGAGCAAAAUUCUCUCAAAUGAAUAUUACUGCUCCUGAGAACAGUCCCAACACUGAUGGCUUUGAUAUUGCUGGGUCCAAAUUCAUAACCAUACAAGAUUCUACUAUAGCAACUGGUGAUGAUUGCAUUGCCAUCAACGGUGGCAGCUCCAACAUCAAUGCCACUAGGCUUUUCUGUGGACCUGGCCAUGGGAUAAGUGUUGGCAGUCUGGGUAGAAAUGGAGCUCAUGAGACAGUUGAAGAGGUUUAUGUAUAUAAUUGCAGUUUCACUGGAACUACAAAUGGAGCAAGAAUUAAAACAGUGCCAGGUGGAUCAGGUUAUGCAAGAAAAAUCACUUUCGACCAAAUCAUAUUAAACAAUGCUCAAAAUCCAAUAAUUAUAGACCAAAAUUAUAACGCUAUAGCGCCAAAUGCAGUGGGGCAAACAGUGAUGGUUAGUGAAGUGACUUAUCGUGGAUUUGUUGGAACUUCGGCUAAGGACUUGGCAAUACUCUUGAAAUGUAGCACAUUGGGUUGUUUCAAUAUUACAUUUGAUAAUGUUGACAUUGUAUCCUCAGAACCAGGAAAACCAGCCUAUGCAUCUGUAAAUAAUGCCCAUGGAACAGUUACUAAUACUGUUCCAAAAUUCUCUUUGUUGUCAUGA